AUAGAUGACAGUACACUCUUCUCUCUCAGCCUAAGGAGCCAUCCAGACAUACAGCUAGAGAAGCAGCUGGUCAUGGGGACUUGCCCGAUCAAAGUAUGGUCCAAUAUGCCAACUCUGAAGAAUCCAACUGAACCUGCAAUGUCAGACGAUAACAGGCCCAUGGUGGUAUCCCUCUAUGACAUCCCCUCCCAAGGUCCCUUGGAAUCCAGCAUCCAUAUAGGGGAGAGGCUCACGGUGUUAUUAGACGAUGGGGAUUUUUGGGUGGUGCGAUCCACAACGACAGGCAAUGAGAGUUAUAUCCCCAGAAACUACACUGCCAAAGUAAUUAACAGGUGGCAGUAUAAUGGCAUCAGCAGGUUGAAUGCAGAGGAGCUGCUGCUGCUGCCAGACAAUCACACAGGGGCUUUCCUGAUCCGAGAGAGUCAGACAAACACAGAAACCUACUCCCUCUCAGUCCUUGUGAAGAUGGACUCAUAUCUGGCCACAGUGAAACACUACCGCAUCUGUCGCCUCCAAAACGGCUGGUUCUACAUCUCCCCCAGCCUCACCUUCUACUCCCUGGGCCAAUUAGUGGAACACUACUCUGAGUCAGCGGAUGGGUUGUGCUGUUUACUGAGGGAGCCUUGCAUCAUCCAAGGCUCAAACAAAAGUACCCUGACCACCAGACCGUAUCCCAAAGCUAUCAGGAGGCCCACACUCAACUGGAAUGACGUAGACAGUUCAAUGAUCUUCAAUAAGGCCAGAGUGGAUUCAGAGGACUCUCUAGUGAGCGAAGGUCUGAGGGAGGCCGUCAGCUCGUACCUCUAUAUGACAGAGGCCAGCUGCCAGAACUGUGGCAAACACUGGGAUACAUGAGGAAAGGGAGGACUAUGAGAGUAAAAUAGCCAGACAUUAUGCUGUCUGGUCUGCUGUUGUGUAGGUGUAAUGGUACUAGGCCAGAAAUGAUGAUCUACAUAAAAGCAUAGUGGAAGUUGAUAGAAGUAAGCAUACCAUUUACAACCACAAUGAAAAAAAUGAAAACUACAAGCACAAUCAAUGGUUUUGAUGUUUUGAUGUGUUAGGGUUCAGGUAGCCACAGGGAAGCCAUGUUAUGUGGCACUUCUCAAGUCUUCUAAUGCUGUAGCUGUGCUUGUGCUCAAGAGCACAUUUCAGAGCCUGGAACCGAAAGGUAUUAUCUAUACUGUCUUUGGUAUUAUGAUGUGAUGAGCACUUCCUUUCAGCUCUAGGAAGGUUCCAUUCUGCUUGUCCACACAGAAAUGCCCAUGCAUUGGUCUAUUUCUUUUUUUUUUACCAAAGAAGGAAGAUCACUGAACGACAAGAACGUUUUAAUUGUACUAAAUGUUGAAUCGAUUGUUAGUUUGAUAUGCAAUCUGUUACUCUGCAAUCCAUUUGUAUAUGAAUGAAAUGCCAUGUCUGAACUAACUUGAAACGAACUCUGACUUUUUAGCGCAUUUGGCUCGUGGCAGCAUGGUUCUGCAUGCUCUGGUUG